CCUGGGGUGGUGUGGAAAACAGCAUCCACGGACGGACAAGCGGACGGACGUACAUCGAUGACCGACUGUCGGGAGGCAAGAUCGGGGAUUUCGAAGGUUGAAGGCGAAUAUCGGUCCUUUUCGGUCACCGUCACCGGGGUUGACACCCGGUGCCCGUUCGCCUUCAGAUUCCGGCGUGAGGACGGUUCUGCUCGGUUUUCGUGA